GUCCAUUGGGAUCAGAAAGGGCGGGACUCUUCGCUCAUCUGUUGGGUAUGCUGCGGCGUCCACAAAAUAGAUAAACAAAAUACGCUAACGCACGAGAGACGACACUAAGUCACAAACUGUGUCAAUACUGACGCGACAAACCGGGAAGAUAUCGGAGAAGAUCUGCGCACGUGUCUAGUGAUUUACAGUCAUCACAUGCAUCACGACUAGCAGGCUAACAGUUGGUUAGCUUACGUGAGGAGGAUGCCCGGCUGAAUUAUUGCGUUUCAGCGUUUACUAAUAUUACGCUCGCGUUUUCACCUGCGCUUUAUCUUCACAACCAUGCUUUUGUGCUUUGAAUGCUACCUUUCCAUGCAUCCCUUCCGUAUGCAAACUUAAACUUGUAUUUUUCCUCAUAUUCGCUGCUCGUGCACUUGUGCGCCGUGAGCUAUCAAGCUAAGCUAACAGGACUGGAAUAGUGCGUUUGCAUGGGCCGAACCCCUUCCACACACUAUCGUUAGCUUGCAGCUAACCAGCCGGAAGUUUGGUUCGGAAAGUGCAGAGUUUUCAAGGAAGAUUCAUCGUAGAGAAGCAGAAUGUUGAUUUGCAGAAGUUCAUGGAUCGUUUCCUCAGGCAUUGAUUCAGACCUGUGUCGAUCAUAAGCGGCAACGCAAGCAGCCACUAACUGGUGUGUUAAUAAGGUACAAAAUGAGUAAGUAAGUUAGUGAACUGAUACAUUGGCCUGCUCGGGAUAACAGGAUCACUGGAUUUCAACGAUGUAGCUUUGCAAACUACGUGCAUUUUUUUGCAACGUAUCUACCAGGACAAUAAUAAUAACAACGAUGAACAAUCAAGGAAUUAUGGCGCAAGAGAAGAUGGAACUGGACCUACCAUCGUCCCUUCACAGCGAUGGGAAUUUGAGACGAUCUAACAGCGAGCCUAUGAUAAACGGCCUGAGUGAUGCUUCACAGGUGUUCCAGAGAGAGGUUCUCCGCAGCAGAAGAAACAGCACAACUAUUGUUCGGCCAAACGUGGUUCCAUCUUCACCAAUUCGUGUCCCCAGCACAAGACUUCAAAGGAUCAAACAGGAAGAGGGCAUUGACGUGAUGAAUCGUGAAACUGCUCAUGAACGGGAAGUGCAGGCAGCCAUGCAGAUGAGCCAGUCUUGGGAAGACAGCCUCGUUCUGAGUGAUAAUGACCUUGAAAAAUCGUCAUCGUCAUCUCCAAAACGGAUUGAUUUUGUGCCCGUUUCUCCUGCUCCUUCGCCCACUAGAGGGAUUGGGAAAAAGCAGUGCUUCUCUCCCUCGCUUCAAAUUUUGGUCAGCAGUAAUGGUCUGACACCCAGCCCUGUUCCCAGCCCAACACGCCGCUUCAGUCUGCCUAGCAGGAGGAGUCAGAGCCCAAACUGCAUCAGACCCAGCAUUCUGGGCCCUCUCAAACGCAAAGGUGAAAUGGAGACAGAAAGCCAGCCUAAGAGGCUCUUUCAGGGAACCACCAAUAUGCUGUCUACAGAGGUGUCCCACCUGCCAGAACUUAACAACAGUCUCUCUCCUGAUCUUCUGGAUGGAAGUCUCAGUAGCGUUGGCUCCUCCUCCAACUCGCCAGCUAAAAUGGAAGGAGUGUCUCCCUCCUCCAGUAAUUCCCCCAUUACAGCCCUCCAGGAUCUCUCUCCCAAGUGAUUGGCUGAGAUUUAGGGACACGACCGGCAAACUGGAGGACUAUCUCUUGGGCCCGCUUCCGCUCAUUUUACUUUCUUGUUCAUCGCCUUCCCUUUAGUUCUUACCUUUAGUUGUCCUGUUUUCUGCGUAUUAUCGGAUUAUGUGGGUGUUUGCAUUAGCCCACUGUGUGGGACAGAGACACUGCCCUGCACAAGCAUGGAAAGGCUGGGGAUGUUUUUUGCAUCAGCUGCUAUAAAUGGAUGUAAACUGUAGUUUUGAGGAGAGUAAUGCCACCGCAAGGAAACUGAAUCUUUGAUUAUUUUUUUUCUCCCAUAUUGGACAUUUAGAUUUAAUGUAAACAGGAGCAAAAGAACAGGCUCAUUCUUUGAUUUUCAAUUCGCCAGCUGGCAUUUUGUGUGAGAAUUUAACUUAUUUGCUUCUGUUUUAUUUGUAUGUAAGUAUGUACAUAUGAUUUGAUAUUAGGUUAAGAUUGGCAGUAAAUUGUGCAGAGCUUGAAUGGCAAACUUACUGCUGCUUCUCUGGAGUUUUAUUAAUGGUGCGACUGCACUUUAAAAGGAGCUGAAUAAUUUUUUUGGGCCUAUUGCAUAUUUUAUUUUUCAGGAGCGUUUUCUUGAUUUUCAAGUAGGUGGAGGGAACAUUGUCACACUGAGCUUGGCACUUCAUUCUCUUUAGUUGUAAUGUUGUACAUGGAUCUUGCGAGCUGAUGCGCUAUUUACAAUGGAAUUUAAUAUUGCAGCUGUUGGUAACCACUAAAUCCUCGAUUUGAACACUACAGCAAAGAUGUACUGUCUGUGAUUACAAUAGAUAGUGUCUUCCUAAAGACAUGACAUCCAUGUUGUUAUUUUGAAGCAUUUAGAGAGGACAUUAGGUUGGUGGCUGAACUGAAGGUAUUCUAUGUUGUAAAACUGAUCAAAUUUAAGCAGAAGUGCACAGUGAUGGUGAACUGCUGCCAUCCAGGUUUAAUGUUUUAAAGGGAGAGAAAAUGUAAUCUACUGAUUCUUAAACAGUGUGCCAUUAAAACUCUGUAUAUAAGAGAAAUGUUCAACUGUAAGUGUAUAAGUUGUUAUUCAAUUGGGGCUACUUUAGGAAAAUAUUUUUUUCUUUUGUACAUUUUCUUUAUCAAUUUCAUUAACGAAAUUGCUUCAUUUCCUCAAGCAUGAUAUGAUGUAUCAUUCAUUUUUAUGUGCAAGAAAUUGAUUGUAAAAUCCGGUUUUUCACUUGUGAAUAGUAAGAGUGGGUGUUUCCUUCUGCAUAGGUGACUGAUCGCAGUGUAAAUCUUUUUCUGAAUGUCUUUCGAAAAACAGUAAGUGGGUCAUGUAGAUCCAGUUUCUGUACUGUAUCGAUGGGUGAUGUAUAUUUGUAGUUUGCUUUGCUGACUUUUUUCUGUCCUGUGGACGUGUCUAAUUCUUUAUUUAAUUUUCACACUGUCCUGAGUCAAGUAUUUUUAAAAGCCUGCGCACGUUAAAUCUGUUCGGGAAGACCUAAAUGCUUUCAUGAAUAAAUGUAGUUGUGCUGUGCUUUCCAAGAACAAAAAAAACUAAACUUGUUCCAUCAUAUCAGAGGCUUCCAGAUGUUUGAAAUAAAUUAUUUGUUCAGCUUUUGUUGCCUUGUGACAAAUAUAUGUGGAUACCAGCAA